AUGCCGAUAAACUAUAGCAAAUGGGAUGCACUCGAGUUGAGCGACGACUCAGAUGUUGAAGUUCACCCCAAUGUUGAUAAGCGCUCUUUCAUCCGAGCAAAACAAAAUCAAAUACAUCAGCAGAGAUAUGAGCGAAAGAAUAAAAUAGAUACCUACAAGUAUGAGCGAAUCGUCAACGAUGGACUUCUCAAGAGGAUAAAUGCUCUUCUUGUUGCUUUAAAAUCUUACAGUCCUCAGACUGAUAAACGUCCGGAUGAUCUUGCAUUUCAAGCAUUGAUGGAAUCAACUGGCGAAGAUGACUCUCCACCUCCACCUCCAGAAGGGGUUCAUACUCAUGUCAAGGAGGCACCACCCACAUACUCUAAAAUGAUGGCGGCGCUUAUUGACCAAGUUAAAACGAAGGUCGACGAGGACAAACCAGAAAAUCGAUUCGAGGCGUAUCUCGCCGAAAUCAAAGUACAUCAAGAGAAGGUUGAGGACCUUCAAAAGCAACUUGCGGUCGAACUGGAGACUUUAGAGAAAGAGGAGGGCAAGAAGAUCACUAGUGAGAGCAUACAUACUGGAUUUGACAGCUCCUUUGUAGCAAAGGCAGACCCAAAACCAGCGGCCACAGAAUCGAAGAAGCCUAAAGAGAAGGUCCAAGCUGUAGAAGUCCUGAAUCCUCAUGCCCUCGCCAAUAAGGAUGGCUCGAAGCCUGGCGAACAAUCCUCGGGCGCCGAUGCAGAUGUUGAUGAAGAUGAAGAGGAAGAAGAUGAUGACGUAGAAGCUAGCGAGCUCGGAAAGAAAUUUGCAGAAAUCAAGAUGGGUGACUAUCGUACAUGUCUUCAGUACAUCUCCUCGAAUCCGUCAGUACUAGCAGAAAGAGAGACGGAUGGUUUACUUGUUUUGGCAUUUAACUCUGCAAUCGCAAACAAGGAUGACUAUGCUAGGCAAUGUGUCCAUCAAGCUCUAUUGCUUCAAUACUGCAGAGCCCUAGGAAAGGAUGGGGUUGGCUUGUUCUUUAAGCGUAUCACUACCAAGGGCCACCAAGCCCAAAAGGUCUUCUUUGAUGAUGUCAACUCAACAUUUGAUAGAGUCCGUACUAGAGCUAGGGAGAUCCAGAAGCAGAGAGCAGCUGAAGAGGGAACCGAAGGUGGAGUUGAACAAAUCCAACUUCAUGCUGUUGAUCCCGGUACCACUAUCAACAUUACUGUUCCACCUGCGACAAGUGAGGAUCCAGAGGUAGUUAAAUCGAGAGAAUUAUUUGAUGCAUUCCCACCUGGACUGCAACGAGCUCUGGAAAGCGGUAGCUUGGAUGAAGUCAAUAAGGUAUUGGGCAAAAUGAGUGUCGAACAAGCAGAAGAAGUUGUCGGCCAGCUCAGCGAGGGCGGUAUGCUGCAACUUGAAGAACAAAUUAUUGAUGCCACAACCGAGGAAGGACAGGCUGCAUUGAAGGAAUUUGAGGAACAGGAGAGGCAAAGAGCGCUGGAUGAGAAUUACGGUGAUCCGGAAUGA